UGAAACCCCAAGACCCCCCCCUCCCUGCUGGACAGAAGCCACUGCCACACCACCCUGCUGCAAGGCAGAAGUCGUGAGCUCCCUCCCGCAUGUGCUAGAUGAAGACUGGGGGGCCUCCAGGACAAUUUGACAACCCCUGGGGCCGCUAACAGUCAGGGCCUGUGGGGCCCCAUGGGGCUGGGUGUGGCACGGACACACAGUGACCGAGACUAGGCAGUGGCUGCAGCUCAGACUGGAGGGGCAUCGGUAGCUGAAGGGGCCUGUUACUCUGCCCGUGGUGCAUGCUGGAUGUCUUGGCAUGUCCCCAGUACCCUCUACCUCUCCCCAGAGGACAAGCCCAAUCAGCUGUGCCAUGCAUCUGCAGGGGUGUCUCCGCCCCUGGACCACGGACUCUGUUAAUGGUUCAUUCGCAUAGGAAUAAGAGGCUGGAGCAGCCCCUGAAAGAGAGACAAGCAGGAACUGUGCAGCUCCACAGACACCCAGGUCCCCCAGCACUGUGCCAUCCCCUGGCACGGCGUCACCCCCUGGUGCCCUUGCACUGCCCGGCUGGAAGCUGCGAAGGUCUGUCCCGGCCCGCGAUGCUGCUCCUGGGCUGCUCCUCCAAGCUGUGGCUGCUUGACACGCUGCCGGUGACCAGGAUUUGCCCUCGCUCCAGGGAGAGAACGGGGAAGGUCCCUCGGUGGCUCCUGGGGCACAUUUGGGGCUGGGGCGAAGGCCCUUCCCUGGGCAGGGCAGCAGUAUGUGGGUCCCUUCGCCUGGCAGGGGGGCGGCUGGGCAGACUUUCCUGGAUGCACAGGGGCAGCACCAUACCCCAACCCGUGACCAUUCUGAGAGCGAUCCCUGCAGUGCCCUGGGGCCCGAGGCUGGACCCCCCCACAAGGGCCUGCAGCCCCCCGGCCUCUCCCUGGCUCCCCACAGCAAAUGCCUGCGGGGGGCUUGGGCCGGGGCCCUGCAGGGAACGCCCCCGUGUGCGUGGGCAGAGACACCGGCAGCCUUGGCAACACACGGCAGCGGUGCACCUGUCCCGGGCUGGCAAGGCUAAGCCACAGCCCAGCCAGUGCAGGGGUGAGGCCACGUGGCUGCCCCUGCAGAACAGACACACCCCUGGGGGGCUGCUUGCAGGGCCCCACACAAGAGCCCCCCAGUGUCUGCUGGGCUCCAGGUGGUCCCACCUCCCCCCCAGCAUAGCUCCUGUCAAGGGCCUGGGGCUCCCCACAUUCUCCCUCCUGCCUGGGGGCUUCCCCCCCCCUUACUGGGACGCAGGGCUCCCUUGUGCUAGAACAGAGCUGCAGCAGCUGGGGGCUCCUCUCUGCCCCCCAGGCUAGCAGCAGGGAGGCCGCUGCCGGCCCAGAGGAGCACG